AAACAACCGUAACACCAUAAAUGCAAUGAUAAAUUAAAAUUUUAGGGGGUUGUUAUGUCAUAAAACCUACUUGUACUUUUAUUCAUUUAUUUACUCAUUCAUUCAUGCAUUUUACCUCCUCAUGUGAGUCUGGCUCUUGUGAGGUCAGGAAUGGUCUGGAGUUGUCAGACGUUUCUAGAAGGCAGAGCACAGGUGCUAUAUCUGGCACUGCAGCCCCCCAACAGACUGCUCACAUAUCAUAAAAGCAGAGGAGCAGCAGCAGAGGAAGCAGCUGAAAAGCGUCUGUGUCACACUCAUUUGCUCGGUUCAAGAUGACGGAAACUGAGAGGUAAGUGGAAUGUGUGGAGUCCAGUUUUAUUAAAUGUACAUUUAUUUUCACAGAGCACUGUGAAAGUGGCCGAUGAGUGAAAGCACACGCAGGAGGAGCGGGGCCUUCACCGACAGCGUGAAGUUUGAAUUGCCAUUUUCAGUCUUGAAACAGUGAGGGCUGUUCAGCAGACCAAGGGUAAAAGCAUGACUUUCCGGUCCCAAAAAGAGAUGUUUGAGAAGAUGGAGGAAUCUUUCAAAAUCUGUGCUUAUUGUGAAAAGCGACCGAAUGAACUUUCCAACCCACAGAAGCUAAAGCGUUGCUCCAGGUGUCUGAAUGCUUACUACUGCUGUAAAGAGUGUCAGAAGGAAGACUGGCCCAAGCACAAGAAGUUCUGCUCACAGCUGCGACUGGCUGCCAUCGACAGAGUUGUGGAGUGGCUUGUGUUUAAAGGAGACCUUCCAUUUCCUACAGAAAAAUGGUCCAAGCCCCAGUCCGAGGUAAAGGGUUUCGAUGACUGGCUCUCCAUGCAGGGAGAUCUCACAGCACGCCUCGAUCCCAUUUUAAAUGGAAAAAACAUGAACGACUUGUGGACCAACGCUGGUCGGCUUCGGCCAGAUGAUGACGAUCUGAAGCAGUCGCUGUGGAGGGUUUGCAGCGAGUUCGUCUCCAGGCCGCUGACAAUAGCCUGGGGGAUGAGGCUGUUUGGUCUAAACCCUUUAUCCAAACCUCUCACCAUUCACCUGGUGGGAGCAGGCCACACUGAGACUCUGUCAGCCAGACUGACCGACUACGAUGAGCUGAACAACAUGUUCCCUGGACACCAGGGGAUCGAAAUAGUCAUGGUGGGGCCUGAGGUGGUGGAUGGCCCCAUUGUGAGGCCUCCCCUCAGAGCUUUUGGACCCAAACAGAGAGUCUACAUCAGCGCCUACAAGGGCCUCUACCAUCAGUUCUGGGAGGAGCUGGUGGAGAAAGAGGAGGCAGCCAAGCCAGAUCUGGUGGUUGGAUUUCAUCCUGGAUUUGAUGCCAGCCAAGGUCUGGACGAGGGUUGGCUUCCAACUCUCCUGCUUCUCAGAGAUUAUGAAAUUCCUUCUCUCUUCACUGCUCUCACUGAGACAGAGAUGACCUACUCUUUGCAAAUUCUGCUGGAGCUGGAAAUGGACAUGAAAGGAAGUGGAGCCAACCCUUUUGCAUCACUAAAGCCAGAAGUUGUGGACUCAUGUGCCAACAAACCUCCGGUCUACUGCAACUCCCACUACUUCUGUUUUCAGGGUCUGCUGGAGACUGUGGAGUUUGAGGAACCAGAGGACGCCUGAAUAACAGCAGCGUGCUGACUCUUCCAGCUUUGGGACUGUAAAGUUUUGUUUUUAAGUGAACUUUAACUAUUUUCUUAAAGUAUUUAAAAAAAAUACUACUUAAUGUGUACAUUUGCUGAAUAGGUUCUGCCUGAUGGCUACUUACUAUGCAGUGUCCCUGCUGCAUUUGCAUUCUCACUAUCUCAGUUUGAUGGCAUUCAGCAGCCACGGUGAUGAGAUUUGAAUAUACUGCCUGAGAUGUAUUAUUGUGUGUAGAGGGUAAAAUGUUAUAGUAAUAGUUUGCUGUCUUCUGUGGUUUUAAUCUUUUGGUUAUGGCCUCUUUUUCAUCUGCUGUUACUUUUAUCACA